CAAACUUGUGCAAGAUAAGAACCAGUUCAAAACUGCUAUCAUUCCCAGCUCCGUUUGCAACCUACGGACACGUCCAUCUCCCCGCGGUCAGAGUCGCAGAGUUUGUCUCACUCCUGCCCGUACUUUCGCAGAGGGAUGGGUCUGCUCCUGAAGAUUUUCGUCCCCUUGCUGGGACUGGCGCUGGCCUUUUAUUUUUAUUCAGCACCUGAGAAUUUCAAUGAAGAGAUGCUCCGGGGGAAACGGGUGAUCGUGACCGGAGCCAGCAGCGGCAUCGGGGAGCAGAUGGCGUAUCACCUGGCACGCAUGGAGGCUCACCUACUGCUCACGGCACGGAGGGAGGCCAAGCUGCAGAAAGUUGUGGAGCGGUGCCUCGAGCUGGGUGCCGCAUCUGCCAGCUACGUGAGCGGCUCUAUGGAGGACACCACGUUCCCCGAGGUGGUGGUGAAGGAGGCUGAGAAUACCUGGGGAGGUCUUGAUAUGCUCAUCCUAAAUCACAUCGGUCACAGCUUCUUCAACUACUUCAACGGGGACGUUGGGCACGUACGAAAGCUCCUAGAGACCAACUUCCUCAGCUAUGUGGCGAUGACCACGGCUGCCCUGCCCAUGCUGAAGGAGAACGAGGGCAGCGUCGUUGUCGUUUCAUCCAUGGCAGGUAAAAUUGGCACCCCAUUUGUUGCUCCCUACUCUGCAACUAAGUUCGCCUUAGAUGGAUUUUUCAGCUCCUUGCGACAUGAAUUCAUCAUAGACAAGGUCAACGUCUCCAUCACACUCUGCAUCCUGGGCUACAUCGACACAGAGAACGCCGUGCGAGCGGUCUCACACGCCAUCCGGGACACGCCAGCACCGAAGGAGGAGUGUGCGCUGGAGAUCAUCAAGAGCGGGGCGCUGCGCCAGCGGGAGCUGCACUACCCAUCCUGGGUGGUGGGCAGCCUGGUCCUCCUCCGGGACAUAGCCCCUGACUUCCUUGACCGCUCCAUCAGGAGCAACUAUAAGGUGGAAAACAUCAAAAGAACGUAGCCCUGGGGCGGCAAGCACACUGGGACACCUUGGGCCAGGCCAGAGGGAUUUGGGUGUUAAGCUGGCUACUCGGUGGCCCUUUUCCAAGCCACUGGGGCAGCCCCACGCUGAUGCACCCUGGCAACCCAAGACGAUGCACCAGAAGCCUGUAACACACAGCACGAAAAUGUCCUUUUUAGCGAUGAACUCUUGCAACUGGCUUUUUCCAAGCAAGAGACAUUUCAGAGAAGCUCCUGGCAGCAGGGUCUGCUGCCGAUGUCCUGCUCACCAGCAGGUUUCCUGCUCACCCUCCAGAAACCAUUCCCCCACCGAAAGCCACAACGGCAGCGGUGCUGAGCACCACGGGAAGCGAGCCGAGCCACGGCCCAGAACGAGAAUUCGGGCCAAGCAGCACAAACCACCCAAAGCCACGAGAGGUUCUUUGAACCAGGAAAUUUUUUGUCACGUAUUCCUUUCAGGCUGGUCUUUGUAAAAAUAAACCCUUCGUUACUUUACGAGA